GUCAUGCAUAGUCAUAUAUUGUGAGUCCCCGUUAUGUGAUCACAUACAAUCCUUCCUGACAGCUUGCAGGUCAACCUAUUGUGGUACAAGAUGAGCUCCGUAGAUCUGGCUAAAGUUGGGGCAAUCCUGGUGAAAAAUGCUGUCUCUGGAGAGAUGGUGGAAUUGAGAUCUUUGUGGAAGGAUCAGACCAGUGUGGUGUUUUUCCUGCGACGGUUUGGUUGCCAGAUUUGCCGCUGGAUUGCCAAAGAGGUUUCCAAGCUGAAUGAAUCAUUCACAUCCCACCAGAUCCGUCUUAUUGGAGUUGGACCAGAAGAUGUUGGGUUGAAGGAGUUCUUGGAUGGAAAUUUUUUUAGUGGUGAGAUCUAUCUUGAUGAAGCAAAGCAGAGUUACAGAGAGCUUGGCUUCAAAAGGUAUAAUCCACUUUCUGUAGUUCCUGCAGCACUUGGGAAGAAGGUUCGAGAUGUAGUAACAAAGGCGAAUGCUGACGGUGUUCAAGGAAAUUUUAGUGGAGAUCUCCUACAGAGCGGUGGGAUGCUAAUUGUGAGCAAAGGGGGAGAAAAGGUGCUAUUACAUUUUAUACAGGAUUCACCUGGUGACCACUUGCCAUUGGAGACCAUUGUUAAAACGUUGGGUAUCACUGCUGGUGUCACAGAAGGCCAACGCCCACAGUGUAAUGAAGAUGUUUGUACGAGGUGAAGAAGGUAGACUGUGGUGAUCCAUAGUAUGAGAAUUCAUCCGCAGAAUAAUGGAAGGAUUUUUUUCUUUUUUUUUUAAAUAAAUCUAUAGUUGUUCACCCAGAUUGCUGGUUUUGUUGAAUCUGAAUGUCCCUGGGAACACAGCAAACUCCUUUCUGGCCUUUAUCUCUUGGCUUCUCAACUUUUUUUUAUUUACGUAUGUAAUGCCAUAUCACAAAAUAAAUCUAAAUUUCUUCCAUUGAAA